UUUUGGUAUACAGUUCAGCUUCGUCUCUUGAUGGUGAAGAACCCCCCCCCCCCCCCCUUCUAUAGUUCAGUAAAACUGAACUAUAGAAGGAUUUUUUCUUGGUACAAAGAGCACAGAAAAUCUGGACCUGUCAAAACAGAAACGGAUCAAAUAAAGAGAAUGCUUCUGUUUAGUGUGUGGGGGUGGGGUCGUCUCCGAAGACCAUUACAUGGCCCUAGAUUGCUCCUGCUGGUUCAGUCGUCUUCACCAGCUUUUCCAUUUAAGAUGCCCCAGCUUAAGUUUUUGCCUGCAAGGCAAACUCCACAAAUUCCAUUUUGUGGAAUACCUAGUAACAUGAUUUCUCAUGGGGCCGCGAACACUUGUACAGCUGGGAUAAAGCCAACUGUAACUGCUAGCCUUGCUACUAGUUUCCAGCUAAUAAGGAGGAUAAGGACGCUUAAUGAAGAGCAUUAUCGCCAGAAGUGGGAUCCAGUUGCUGUGGACAACAGCAACGCGAGGCAGAGGACCUGGAGGCGGUCAUCCUGGUACACUUCGUCCUUCACCAGCUGCUCUCACACUGGGUUCGGGCGACCACAGCCAGACAGAGGAAGCAACGAAGACUUCGGUUCUGAAGAACGUUCAUAACGACGGCAUAGCGACAAGACAUUGCCUAUCACCUCGUCAAGUCUGUGAGACCAGCCUUAGAUGUAUUUUUUUUUGCCAUAAAAUGGCAUAGUUUACUGAAUGGUGAAGUUGUAAAAUAUUAAAAUUUAAACUAG